AUGGCCGAUCCUCCUCCCAUGGACGAACCACAGGAGCCUCCUGCUGACGAAAGUCAUGCAUCUCGCCAAGGUUCACCGCCGCCAGGGCGCCGUUUGUCCAUAGACGAAGACUUGUUUUACCACCGCAUCAUGUCAGCUCCUCCACGACGCUCUUCACUACCGCCGCCUUAUGUGCCCCGCGAGUCUCCUGUCGGUGUCGCUGCCCACUCUAUGCAGAACAAGGCAAAAGACGAGUCAGCUUGUGCUGCUGGAGAUGCUCCCGAAGAGUUGCCAGGCUACUCUAACUCUGUUUACUUGGAGGGCAUCUUCUCGAAGAAACACGAGAUCGAGAACACAACAAAAAGAGCCGAAGACCGCCGCUGGCACAACGCCUUUGUAGUUCUCUCCGGAACUGCUCUUCACGUCUACCAUGUAAAGAAAGACUGGGGCUGGGGGAAGACAAGAGACGGCCCAAGCAUAUCUCCUGAUAACCCGCCAUGGGUAAGGAAGUCCAAGCUGGAAAAGACAUAUAGCUUGUUACACGCAGAUGCAGGUAUUGCUGCAGACUACAAAAAACGACGGUACGUCAUUCGCAUACGAGCGGAGACGGAUCAGUUUCUUCUCUCAUGCAUUGAGCUGGGCACCUUUGUCAAGUGGCUCGAAGCGUUGUUCGCUGCUAUUGACAUUGCUGCCCCCAUCGACGAACGCGAUUUCCCUCGCGACAUGUCCAUCCCACGAGUCCAGCGAAUCCGUUGGUUCCGUGGACAAUCACCACGCGACGUAACUCGUCUCCACGACGCAACUCGUCUCCACGACGCAACUCAUCCCCGCGGCGAAAUAUUUCGCCGCGACGGAAUCCUUCUCCACGGCGCAUCCUGUCUCCGCGAUGCCCACGGCCCUCAUCUACUCGCGACGAAGCGCACAACGUCAUAUCAUAAUGCGUCCAUAGACCCGUUCUCUGGUAAAUGGUUUCCAGAGCACAAGUGGUCCGAGGCGCACGACAUGCUUUACGCCAAGCUGUGCUACAGCAACCUGCUCUUCCGAAGCCCGAGAAGAUCCAACUACAUUAUCAGCAAGGGGAAGCAGUGGUUUGUCGACUGGGCAACCGGACGUAUGGUACGAGUGCUGCCACCGGCCUACGGCGAAGACGUCUGUGGGCCGUGGCAGAUUGUCCAUACCGAAAACCCGCGCAUUUGA